AUGCCUAUCAAGUCGAACUUUCCUGAUGUCAACCUCAGUGUGACCGACAUCUUUUCGCUGCUGUUCGAUCGAAAAGAAAAGCCAUUUCCUGACGACCAAGUGAUCUUCCAAGAUGGCGACCAUCUCGAGAGGAAAUAUACAUAUGCCCAGAUAAAGCAAUUAAGUACCGACUUCGGAAAAGGGCUGAAAUCAAAUUACGGAUUCCGAAAGAGCGACGUGCUGGCUUUGUAUGUGCCCAACGAUAUCGACGUUGGGCCGGUGGUCUGGGGGACUCUGUGGGCGGGUGGUGUCGUCUCCCCAGCCAACCCGGGGUACACUGUCCAGGAACUCGUCUAUCAACUCAAAGACUCGGGAGCGAAGCUACUAGUCACUCACAUUAGCGCUCUGGAGAAUGCGAAAAAGGCGUGCAAGGAAGCAGCCAUUCCCGAGUCGAACAUCCUGCUCUUGGGCAAAGACGGCGACCCAAGCCGGAAAUUCAAGCACUGGAGCAUGGUUCGCAAUCUAGAGGGGACAUCACGCUGGCGGACGCCAAAGAUAUCACCAAAGACCGACUUGGCGUUUCUGGUGUAUUCGUCCGGCACGACCGGCCGUCCAAAGGGCGUCAGACUCACGCAUCACAACAUGACGUCGAACGUCGAGCAAGUCACGGCGGCCGAGCCGCACUUGUCGCACGACGGAUCCAAGAAGGUCCCUGGCAUCCCCGACGCGCCCAAGGGAAAGGGCGACAAGGUCCUCGCCGUGUUGCCGUUUUUCCACAUUUACGGGCUGAACUGUCUCGUCCACCUGCCGGUGUUCCAGGGGAUCCACACGCUGGUCCUGUCUCGAUUCGACCUCGAGAAAUGGUGCCGGCUCGUGCAGGACGAGCAGGUGACGUUCAGCUACAUCGUGCCGCCGAUCGUGCUGCUGCUGUGCAAGCACCCGGUGGUGGACAAGUACGAUCUCGGGUCGCUGCGCAUGACGAACUCGGGCGCCGCGCCGCUCACGCGCGACCUGGUCGAGUCGCUUUGGAAGCGGAAGGGCGUGCGCGUCAAGCAGGGCUACGGGCUCAGCGAGACCAGCCCGACCAUCUUCAUGCAGCCGUGGGAGCGGUGGAUGAGCGCCGUGGGCACGACGGGCGUCAUGGUGCCGAACCUGGAAGCCAAAUUCUGCGCCGUCCCCGGGCCGGGCGAGGAGUCGGACGGCACCAAGGAGCUGCCGCGCGGGGAGAUCGGCGAGCUGUACGUCAAGGGCCCGAACGUGUUCACGGGGUACCACAACAACGCCGCCGCGACGGCCGAGUGCUUGGAGGACGGCUGGUUCAGGACCGGCGACGUCGGGUUCCUGGACGGUGACGGCAACUUGACCAUCACGGACCGCGUCAAGGAGCUGAUCAAGUACAAGGGCUUCCAGGUCCCGCCGGCCGAGCUGGAAGGGUACCUGGCGGCCCACGACAAGGUCGACGACGUGGCCGUGGUGGGCGUCGACAGCGCCGAGCUCGGCACCGAGGUGCCCAGGGCGUACGUCGUGCGCAGAGGCGGCGCGGGCGCCGUGCAGCCGGGCGACGCAGAGGAGAUCAUACAGUGGAUGAACAACAAGGUCGCGAAUCACAAGAAGCUGCGCGGCGGGAUCAAGUUCGUCGAUGCCGUGCCGAAGAGUGUCUCGGGAAAGAUCCUCAGGAGGGUCCUCAAGGAUCAGGCGAAGAAGGAGUUCAAGGAAGAGGAGGAGAAGAAGAUGAAGUCGAAGAACUCAGGAAAGCCAAAAUUGUGA